UCCUCGCGGUUCUUCCAGGGCAGCAGAACGUCUGGUUCAGACUGGGCUGGCAGGCUUUUCCAGGCGGGAUCCAGGAACCCCUUACUAAUCCUGGCAGUGAUCAGGGAGAACCCGGGAGACCGGCGGUAGCCCAGCAUCCAGGAUGUUCACUCUGAGCAAGGCCUUGGAAAAGGCUCUUCUCCAGCACUUUAUAUACACGAAGAUGGACAUCGCCUAUGCCAUCAACAAGCCGUUCCCCUUCUUCGAAGCACUCCGGGACAAUUCCUUCAUCACUGAGAAGAUGUACAAGGAAUCCUUGGAAGCCUGUCAAAAUCUGGUCCCUCUGUCCAAAGUGGUGCACAAUAUUCUCACCAGGCUGGAGCAGACUUUCCACCCAUCAAUGCUGCUGACAUUGUUCAGCCAGGUCAACCUACGGGAAUACCCCAGCCUGGUGGCAAUUUUCAGGAGCUUCAGAGAUGUUGGCUAUGCCUAUGAAGGGAGAAACAGACCCACACCGACCCUACUUGAAGCCCCAGCCAACCCAGCAGAAGGGUGCUCCCUUCAGACUCUGCCGCUGCCCCCACCCCAGCCAUCACCAAGUCCUCUGUCUUCUGCACGGACAGUCUAUAACCCCGGAGCAACCUCACAGCCAAUCACUGAGAUCCUGGAUGAGCAGCCCAGCCCUUCUCCCCCAGCUGUGCCUCUUCCUGGCUGCAUUCAGGAAGGAAAAACCACUUCAGUGUCCUCCAGAGAUCACCAGAGAAAAACUAAGGAAGACUCUCGAGAGAUGCCCCACAGUCCCUCAGGACCUGAGUCAGCUGUCAAAGACAACUUAACAUCCAAGACUAACAAGCAAGAUGACUCAGGAGCACAGCCUCCGGGUUCCCCUGCCACCAAGCAUGUGGUACAAGAUGAUUCUCCAGCACCAAUUAACCUGGAAAUGCCCCAGAAAGCACCCUGCACACCUGCAAACAAGAAAGCAAGAAAAAGAAAAAGUUGCAUCUGGUCAAAUUCCAAAAGAAGAUGCCAGAAAAAAAAGCCCCCUCAGGAUGAGGUGGCAGGAAUGGCCUCACCUGGACGUGGAGUUCCAGAGAAGCUCAAGGUGGUGGGUCGGAGGACUCUGAGGAAGGAAGACUCAACUAGGAACGUGAAGGAGGUGACCAGGACUCUGAGGACAAGGAGGAGCAGGAGGAGCUGUGCCCAGACAUCCGGUUUGCAAGUUUCAGAAAAGUCCAAAGACGAUGCCGCUGUGGAUUUUCUCUCUCCGACACUCUCUGUGACCUGUGGGAAGGCCAAAGGGACUUUAUUCCUAGAGAAACUGAAGCAAGGAUCCUCAAAAAAGUGCAUUCAGAAUGAGGCAGGGGCUUGGCUCACUGUAAAGGAAUUUUUAAAAGAAGGGGGAAAGGCCACGUCAAAAGACUGGAAGAGGGAUAUACGUUGUGAUGGGAAGACGUUAAGAUUUCUGGAGCAGAAAGGACUUUGGUUUUGUACCACCACAAGUAAACCUCAAAAAAAGGGUGCCUAGUGGAUGAACGUCUGGCAUAUGCUCAGCUGCUGUGUGCUCAUUAGCUCUCAGUAUCUGAGCUUUGCCUUCGAGCCCCUGAAUGCCCCAGCUCUGAGGUAUCUGAACUUCGCCUUCGAGCCCCUGAAUGCCCCAGCUCUGAGGACCUUCAUGUUCGUGCAAAACAACUUAUCACAACCAACCCAGCACUGAGUCUUAGAAAGUAAAGAUAAAGCUGUUGGUAUCUUUGU